AUCACUCUGAAGCCUUUUCGCGUUUGCGUUUAGAGCUCCCAUUACUCAUCCGCCGGCCCAAGGCCUCAGCAACCAACAGGGCAAAGCCGGGAGAAAAGGCGAGCGGUAGAGAGCGCUCCACGCAUGCGUCAGAAGCCGCCCCAACUCCCCCGCGGCGUCCUUUCUUGGAACAAAACUAGCGCGGAGCCACAGAGCUCCGCAGUUUGCGUAGACUGGAUUUUCUCAUUGCUCGGACUAUCCGUGUGGAAUCUGAAAAAUAGAAAUGAAGGUACAUAUGCACACAAAAUUUUGCCUCAUUUGUUUGCUGACAUUUAUUUUCCAUCAUUGCAACCAUUGUCAUGAAGAACAUGACCAUGGCCCUGAGGAGCUUCACAGACACCAUCGAGGAAUGACAGAAUUGGAGCCAAGCAAAUUUUCAGUGCUGGCUGCUGAAAAUGAAAAAAAAUACUAUAUCGAAAAACUUUUUGACCGCUAUGGUGAAAAUGGAAGAUUAUCUUUUUUUGGUCUGGAGAAACUUUUAACAAACUUGGGUCUUGGAGAGAUAAAAGUAGUUGAGAUUAAUCAUGAGGAUCUUGGCCACGAUCAUGUUUCUCACUUAGAUAUUUUGGCAGUUCAAGAGGGAAAGCAUUUUCACUCACAUAACCACCAGCAUUCCCAUAAUCAUUUAAAUUCAGAAAAUCAAACUGUGACCAGUGUAUCAACAAAAAGAAACCAUAAAUGUGAUCCAGAGAAAGAGACAGUUGAAGUAUCUGUAAAAUCUGAUGAUAAACAUACACAUGACCAUAAUCAUCGCCUACGUCAUCACCAUCGUUUGCAUCAUCGCCUUGAUCAUAACACAACUCACCAUGUUCAUAAUGAUUCCAUUACUCCCAGUGAGCGUGGGGAGCCUAGUCAUGAACCUUCAACAGAGACCAAUAAAACACAGGAACAAUCUGAUGUUAAGCUACCGAAAGGAAAGAGGAAGAAAAAAGGGAAGAAAAGUAAUGAAAAUUCUGAGGUUAUUACACCAGGUUUUCCCCCUAACCAUGGUCAGGGUGAACAGUAUGAGCAUAAUCGGGUCCACAAACCUGAUCGCGUACAUAACCCAGGUCAUUCUCAUGUACAUCUUCCAGAACAUAAUGGUCAUGAUCCUGGUCAUGGACACCAAGAUCUUGAUCCUGAUAAUGAUGGUGAACUUCGACAUACUAGAAAGAGAGAAGCACCACAUGUUAAAAAAAGUGCAAUUUAUUCAGCUGCUAGUCACAAAGAUCAUAAUGAAGAUGACCGUCAACAUGAAUGUUUGAACGUCACUCAGUUAUUAAAAUACUAUGGUCAUGGCGCCAACACUCCCAUCUCAAUUGAUCUGUUUACAUACCUUUGUCCUGCACUGUUAUAUCAAAUUGACAGCAGACUUUGUAUUGAGCAUUUUGAGAAACUUAUAGUUGAAGACUUGAGUAAGGAUAAAAAUACGGGUUCUGAAGAUAAGGCAGAUAUAAGGGCAUCAGCAUGGAUUUGUGGAAUCAUUUCUAUCACUGUCAUUAGCCUGCUUUCCUUGCUAGGCGUGAUCUUGGUUCCCAUCAUUAACCAAGGAUGCUUCAAAUUCCUUCUCACAUUCCUUGUUGCACUGGCCGUAGGAACAAUGAGUGGAGAUGCUCUUCUUCAUCUACUGCCCCAUUCUCAGGGUGGACAUGAUCACAGUCAUCAACAUGCACACGGGCAUGGACAUUCUCACGGACAUGAAUCUAAGAAGUUUUUGGAAGAAUACGAUGCUGUUUUGAAAGGACUUGUCGCUCUAGGAGGCAUUUAUUUGCUAUUUAUCAUUGAACACUGUAUUAGAAUGUUUAAGCACUACAAACAACAAAGAGGAAAACAGAAAUGGUUUAUGAAGCAGAGCACAGAAGAAUCAACUAUUGGAAGAAAGCUGUCAGAUCAUAAGUUAAACAAUACACCAGAUGCUGACUGGCUUCAACUCAAGCCUCUUGCCGGAACUGAUGACUCGGUUAUUUCUGAAGACCGACUUAAUGAAACUGAACUGACAGAUUUAGAAGGCCAACAAGAAUCCCCUCCUAAAAAUUACCUUUGUAUAGAAGAGGAGAAAAUCAUGGACCAUUCUCACACUGAUGGAUUACAUACCAUCCAUGAGCACGAUCUCAACGCUACUGCACAUAACCACCACGAUGAGAACAAAACUGUGCUGAGGAAGCAUAAUCAUCAGUGGCACCACAAACAUUCUCAUCAUUCACACGGUCCCUGUCAUUCCGGAUCCGAUCUGAAAGAAACAGGAAUAGCUAACAUAGCGUGGAUGGUAAUCAUGGGGGAUGGCAUCCACAACUUCAGUGAUGGGCUAGCAAUUGGAGCAGCUUUCAGUGCUGGGAUGACAGGAGGACUCAGUACCUCUAUAGCUGUCUUCUGUCAUGAACUGCCACAUGAAUUAGGUGAUUUUGCAGUUCUUCUUAAGGCAGGCAUGACUGUAAAGCAAGCCAUUGUAUACAACCUCCUCUCUGCCAUGAUGGCUUACAUAGGCAUGCUCAUAGGCACCGCUGUUGGUCAGUAUGCCAACAACAUCACACUCUGGAUCUUUGCAAUUACUGCAGGCAUGUUCCUGUAUGUAGCCUUGGUGGAUAUGCUUCCAGAAAUGCUGCAUGGUGAUGGUGACAAUGAAGAACAUGGCUUUUGUCCAGUGGGACAGUUCAUUCUUCAGAAUUUAGGAUUGCUGUUUGGCUUUGCCAUCAUGCUGGUGAUUGCCCUGUAUGAAGACAAAAUUGUGUUUGACAUCCAGUUUUGACCAUUCCUAGUAAUCGCUGCCGAUCGCAAGAAUGUUCCCAUGCAGCUUUGCAUCUGCUCCUUGUACUGUAUGCACAUUGCUCAAAGAAAAGUCAGUGGCUUGCACUGCUUACAAGUUGCAUAGAUUUGAGCCUAACCACAAAAGACUGGUGCUCAGUACUGUUUUCCCUGCAUGAAAGGGUCUUUUAAAAAUAUAAAACUUGUGAUAAAGGGAGGAGAAGAUGGGACUCCUUGAACUAAUGUUGAUGUAGGUUUGAUUAAGACUUUUUAAAAAAUAAUCAUAUAAAACACUAAAGUAGUCUCUUUAUUAGUAGGAACUUCUGUGGCUAUGCAGAAAUAGAAAUUGAACCAAAAAAAAUCAUUUAAACCUUAAAAAUAUUUUAAAUGGACUUCGGGCAGACAUUUUUGUGUGUGCUGAGAAUGAAUUGUAGUGCCCUUUAAUUCCCCUUUGUAUAUACAUAUGGUGAUAGGGAUCAACUUGACACGAUUUUGAAACUACAUAAAGUAGAAUAGAACUAGAGGAAAGCUCAGGCUGCAUUAGAGUAUGAUUUAGCAUUGGGAAAAGCCCUUAUUCUUGAAUCUAGAGUUACUAUUUUUGUAUAUAUUUGCAUAGUGUUUAAACUUGUAGCCUAAACUACUGAAAUUUGUGAUUGUAUGUUUAUGUGAGCUUCAGUUUAAUGAAAGAUUCAUAAUGGUUCUUUGUAUUAUUAUAAUACUUGGUGUUUGGGUUUUUUUUUUCCUUUUGUUAACUUUGUUUUUGUUUAGGGUUUUGGGGGGUGGGGCAGAGUCAAGCAUGAGGUCAAAAUGUCUUUUUUUUUUUUAAUUGUAACCCUCAUAUCAAAGAAAUCAACCCAAAUGUGGUCUAAAUAGUAGAUUUUCUUACUUUAACAGUACCAACUAGUUAAUUGGGAAAUUUAAGUUCUGGGUGUUCACUCUGGUUUACCAGUUUGGCAUUAGCACCAAGAGCACCUGCUGUGACUGACAGAAAGGCGGUAAGGCAGAAAAUCCAAGUUUACCAUGUGGCGUACAUGUAGUGUCAAAACAGUUACUAGAGUAAACUCCCUUGAUACCGUGGUCAUCAUGGUACCAAGUGACUUGGAACAUACAUUUAAAUGACUAAGCUGGAAUCACUUGAUCAUUUUGUGCCAAGAUAUGCUUUUGGUGCCUGGCAAGGAUUAGUCUCUUUUUUAGGUGCCCUGUUUUCCUACCAUAGUUGUGAAUGAUUUGUGAGAAGUGCAAGCUGUGUUUAUCCUGAAUUUUGACUUAAUAAUUCGUAGUAUUAGUCAUAUGCAUGUAGCUUUCUGUUUGUAUCUUGUGCCAUAGGUCUUCAUUCAUGCCAGGUGAACUGUAUUUGAACUGUGUGCAGCUAGCUUUGUUUUCAUCUGCUUGUAGCUGCUUCAAAAAUCUUGUUCAAAUAUAUAAGAGCCAAACUCUUUUCCAUUCCAUUUAAAAUAUUUCAUUUAGUUGUCCUCUUUUCUCCUGUUGCUUUCCUCUUACUCUAUGAACUUUAAAACAAAACAGAACAGAACUUUGAGGGCAGCACAUGCACCCAGGUGUUAAUAGAUUAUUGCCAGUGUUUCUUCUUUACGCUGUAUGCAAGGGAGCCUAGGUGUUGUUAUUUCUUUAUGUUUGAAUUUGAAAAAUUAUUUCUGACUUCUCUGUGGCCUCCGGGUAAUUAGUAGCAGUUUUAUACAUGGAUUAUUUUCAGCAUUGGGCACUGAAUUAGGACAGUCCUCAUCUCAUUGCUUGGCCCUACAAGCAACCUAGGUAAAAGGUGCUGAUAUUUUAUUUAGUACUGCCAAUUUUAAGUGAUUCAAAUGUCUUUAUUUCUGAAACAAGAUAUAUUUAUACUUCAUUUUUGGUUUUUAUACCCAAGGAGAAUUCUGCAUUCUAGCAUUAAAUCUUCAUUUAAAAACUUUAUAAAACCAACAGCUGGAAUAUACUACCAGUUGCAAAAUAAAGGCCUACUUUAAAGCAAAUGGGUUAUGCUGAACUAUAUAAAGUUUUUAUGUUCUCUGAAAAAUGGUAUUAUCUUUAUUUGUUAGAUUUUUUUAAUCUUUUAAGAGGGCUGUACCAGUUGCUGCUAGUAUUUUCUUAGGGUUCCACCAGUAUUUAGUUUUCACAUCAUUCUAAUGUAUAGUUUCAAGUCUUAAUAGACAAUCUGAAUUCCACUACAUUUCUGUUUGGCUCCAACAUUCCAUUUAGCUUGACCAGUCUAAUUUAACAUGUGUUUGUUGGAGAUCAUUAAUGUUAUUUGUACAAUGCUGUCACUGUGUGACAUCCAUAUGAAUUUUGGUGUAUAUCACAUUGCAUUCAAUCAGCUGUGAUUAUGCUUAGAAAUACUAUAGUAACUAGAUACAGUGUGAAUUUUUUCCAUUAACAGUAAGUCAGUGGCUUAAAUGUGAUUAUGGUCCUGCAAGGUGAUACUUGCUGAAAUAUCUAAACUUUUUUUUGUUGUAACUGAAUCAUUUUUUAAAAAUUUAUAAAGCUGGAAAUGAUCAAAUGCUGGUUUUUUUUUUUCAUUGUCAACAGUGGUGUGUCAUUUUAUGUAUGUUCCUAAUGCUUAUGGAACUCUCCCAAAAUAAAGUUACUCAAA